CAAGGCCUCAAGAUUCCACCCUCUCCACUCCACAUCGGUCUCCAGAAUCUCCAAAGGUGAAUCACGAACCUCUGCCGAAAGAUUUCAGCUUCCGAUCACGCUGCCCGUUUGGUGAUUGUUCUCAUUCCCGUGUCGGAAAUCCGCAGGUAAGGUGUUCGACGAUGAGGCUGCUGAAGGUGGCGACGUGUAAUUUGAACCAGUGGGCGAUGGAUUUCGACUGCAAUAUGGAGAACAUAAAGGAGUCGAUUGCCAAAGCGAAGGAAGCCGGCGCGGUGAUUAGGCUCGGCCCCGAGCUGGAGAUUACUGGCUACGGCUGCGAGGACCACUUCCUUGAACUGGAUACUGUCACUCACGCGUGGGGAUGCUUGAAGGACCUUUUACUUGGCGACUGGACCGAUGGAAUUUUCUGCAGCUUUGGUAUGCCUAUCAUUAAAGGAUCAGAGCGCUACAACUGCCAAGUUCUUUGCAUGAACAGAAAAAUCAUCAUGAUCCGCCCAAAAAUGUGGCUUGCAAAUGAUGGAAAUUACCGGGAACUUCGGUGGUUUACACCAUGGAAGCAAAAAAACCAGCUUGAUGACUUUCAGCUUCCCAUUGAAAUAGCUGAGGCCGUGUCACAGAAAACAGUACCUUUUGGAUAUGGAUAUAUACAAUUUUUGGACACGGCUGUUGCUGCUGAAGUUUGUGAGGAACUGUUCACUCCUUUGCCCCCUCAUGCGGAGCUUGCUCUGAAUGGAGUUGAAGUGUUUAUGAAUGCAAGUGGAAGUCACCAUCAACUUAGGAAGCUCGAUGUCCGUCUUCAUGCUUUUAUAGGUGCAACUUAUUAUCGGGGUGGAGUUUACAUGUACAGCAAUCAUCAAGGAUGUGAUGGUGGCCGCCUAUAUUAUGAUGGAUGUUCCUGUGUGAUCGUAAAUGGUGAUGUGGUUGCUCAAGGAUCCCAGUUUUCCUUGAAGGAUGUUGAGGUUGUAACUGCUGAAAUCGAUCUGGAUGCGGUUGCUAGUUUUAGAGGAUCUAUUAGUAGUUUCCAAGAACAAGCAAGUGCUAAGACUAAAGUACCAUCAGUAGCAGCGCCUUACAAUCUUUGUCAAUCAUUCCAUCUUCGAAUGUGCCUUUCAGGUCCACUAAAGAUCAAGUAUCAUUCUCCUGAGGAGGAAAUAGCCUUGGGGCCUGGUUGCUGGCUCUGGGAUUAUCUAAGGAGAAGUGGAGCCUCUGGUUUUUUGCUUCCUCUCUCUGGCGGUGCAGACAGCUCAUCUGUAGCUGCCAUAGUUGGCUGCAUGUGCCAACUUGUCAUAAAAGAAAUUGCACAUGGUGAUGAACAAGUGAAAGCUGAUGCAAUACGCAUUGGACAGUAUCCUGAUGGACAGUUCCCCACUGACAACAAAGAAUUUGCAAAGCGCAUAUUUUACACGGUUUAUAUGGGAUCUGAAAACAGUUCAGAAACCACAAGGUCUCGGGCAAAGUUUUUGGCAGAUGAGAUCGGUGCCUGGCAUCUUGAUGUUUGCAUAGAUGGUGUUGUCUCUGCACUUCUCUCUUUGUUUGAAAAGCUCACUGGAAAGAGACCACGCUAUAAGGUUGAUGGGGGAUCAAAUGCUGAGAACCUGGGGUUGCAGAACAUUCAAGCACGAAUCAGAAUGGUCCUGGCAUUUAUGUUGGCAUCACUCUUGCCCUGGGUGCACAACAAGUCGGGGUUUUAUCUUGUUUUGGGUAGCUCCAAUGUGGAUGAAGGAUUGCGUGGUUACCUGACGAAGUAUGAUUGUAGCUCCGCAGAUAUUAAUCCAAUUGGAAGUAUUAGCAAGCAGGAUCUCCGGUCAUUUUUGCGAUGGGCUGCCGACCAUCUUGGUUACUCAUCCUUGGCAGAGGUUGAAGCAGCUCCUCCUACUGCUGAACUGGAGCCUAUACGUUCUGACUAUAGCCAGAACCUCUGCUAUAGAUGGGGCACAAAGUUGACUCCUGCAGAGGUGGCUGAGAAAGUGAAGCAUUUCUUCAAGUACUAUUCCAUUAAUAGACACAAAAUGACCGUAUUGACACCCUCCUAUCAUGCAGAGAGUUACUCCCCCGAAGAUAACAGGUUUGAUCUCCGUCAGUUUCUCUACAACGCGAGGUGGCCAUUCCAGUUCCGCAAGAUUGAUGAACUCGUCCAGAAGUUGGACGGUGACAAGAUUGUGAUCAAAGAAUCGACCUCAAGUACAUCAGAUGGAGGGGGGAUGGGAGUCGUGGCAGCAGGCUCAGGGGAUCCUAAGGCCGGUGUUUAACUCGACCAAGAUGGAUUCCAACUCCUGUGUUUCCAAAAAAUGACAAAAUAAUAAUAACCAUUCUUGCUCUUCGGAUGAUCCUGUCUGGGUGAAUUGAUUACACUAGAAUCCUUCAGUCCUUGUCAUAUACGUCAAUAUUCAUUCCAUUCCCAACCUGUCAUAACAGCCUGUAACUACUCGUAAGCCUGAGUAUUGGCUCUGCAUUCUUUGAUUUGUUUCAGCAGCGAAUACUGAAAUUGUACACGAGCACAUUUAAGGGAAAGACGAUGAGUAGCCGAAAAUAAACAAAAUGGUGACCAUCCUUGUGGUC